GUAGUUCAUGUCAAUGAUAUUAAACCAUUCAUUGAAGAAGAUAGAAACUUAUUCGUAGAUAGAGGACGUAAAACUCAAAUCCCUGUGGUAGAAGAAAUAGACACAAUCGUUAAUAAGAGAAAUAGAGUAUAUGGUAAAGGGUCAAGAAUCGAAUAUUUAAUCCGUUACAAGAAUGCUGGUGAAGAUAACGAUGUAUGGGUUCCACAGCACUACUUAGAAGAUUGUCCUAUGUUAGUACGUCAAUUUGAAGAUGAGCUUGCA